AGAUGAUCCAUUGCCCAUUGGUUAGGUCGUUAGGGUUCUUGUUGCUUAUUUUCCUUUCUAAUUUCAGGUGUUAGAAUGUUGCCUAAGAAGCAUUUGUCGGGUGCUGAGAAAAGGAAAAAAAGAAAACGAGAAGAUCAGUUUAUUGAAUCGCAAAAGGGUGCUAUACAUAAGUUUUUUUCAGUUUCAAGUAAUGUUGUUCCCGGUGAUAAUCCUGAAGAUAUAAAUGAUUGUAGUACAGAAGAUCAAGGGUAGGAACCUAAUCAUAAUUUAAAUGCAGAAGUUGAUGUCAAUGACGAUGCUACAGGGGAACAAAAUUUACCGCCUUCAUCUGAUACUGAAAAUUCAAAUGCUGAUGAACAAAAAGAUUCUCUGUUAGCUAUCUAUGAUCCUAGAACAUGGGACAAUCUUGACAAUAGGGGAAGAGAUAUCUUAAUUGAAAAAGGACCUGUGAGAGAAUUGAAUUUGCAUUUUCCUUCGGAUAGUAGUGGUAGACAUUUUUCAUAUGCUUACUACUCCAGGAAGUUAAGUAAUGGUGAGGUUGUUGAUAGAAAGUGGUUGGUUUACUCUAAGCAUGUGGACAAAGUUUACUGUUUUUGCUGCCGAUUGUUCAAAUCAAAUCAGACCAAAACUUUGUUGGCAUAUGAUGGAUUGAGGGACUGGAAGCAUCUCAGUGGGAGACUCAAACAACAUGAGAACAUCGUUGAGCAUAUAACAAAUAUGAAUACGUGGAAUGAACUUAGGUUGAGGUUAAGGAAAAACCAGACAAUUGAUGAUGAUUUGCAACGGGAAAUUGCAAAGGAAAAAGAGCGUUGGAGACAAUUUUUGGUAAGAAUAGUUCCUGCUGUGAAGUUUCUUGCUAAACAUAAUUUGGCCUUUCGAGGAUCCAAUGAGAAACUUUAUCAGGAUAACAAUGGUAAUUUUCUAGGCACAAUUGAAAUGAUUGCUGAAUUUGAUUCUGUGAUGCAAGAACACAUUAGGCGCAUUCAAAAUAAUGAAAUUCAUCAUCAUUAUCUUGGCCACAAUAUUCAGAAUGAGUUAAUUUCUAUUCUUGCUCAUGCCGUGAAAAGUUUUAUUUUAAGGAUCAUCCAGGAUGCUAAGUAUUUCUCUAUUAUCUUGGAUUGUACCCUAGAUGUGAGCCAUAAAGAACAAAUGACUCUAAUUGUGCGGUGUGUUAAUAUGUCAAGUAACAUUUCGAGAGUGGAGGAGUUCUUUCUAGAGUUCUUAAAGGUGGAUGACACAUCAGGAUUGGGGCUUUUUAACGAAUUGAUGAAUGCAUUGGACUCUCUUGAAUGUCGCUGA